AUGCCCAAGAUGCUUGCGCCUGGCUUCAGGACACGGCGCACUUCCUCCUUCAUCCGAUUCGGCGCCCUUGCUACUCUCCUUGUCUUCGCCUUCUGGAGUUUUAGCAAUCGCGCACCCACGCCCCAACUUCUUCCUCUGCACAGGUCGCAACAACAGCCUGCAGAUGGCUCGGACCCAAUCCCUCCGCCUUCCCCCAAAAAGGCAGUACAACAAACUCUGGGAAAAGAUAAACCAGUGCAGGGCCCCCACCCAAUCGAUAAACUUAUACACGAUGGUGGAAAGCGACACAAAGAACAGCUCGCCAGGGAGUCGCACACUCUAGAAGACGCUGCGCAAGCUUAUCGCAAGCGUCGUGGACGCCACCCGCCUCCAGGUUUCGAUAAGUGGUGGGAUUUCGCCAAGCAGAACAACGCUGUUGUCGUUGAAGAAUUCUGGGAUCAGGUCUACCACGAUGUCGAUCCUUUCUGGGGUGUUCCUCAACCCGUGAUUCGCAAGGAGGCCUACAGCUUCGAGAUGUCGAUUCAUAUUCGAAAUGGAAAGGCCAAUUCCACGAGCGAUUGGUUCUGGACGUUGAUCUGGCUUGACAUGAUUCGCUCAAUUGAACAUAUGGUACCGGACUUGGAUAUGCCACUGAACGCCAUGGACGAGCCACGCCUUGUUGUGCCUUGGGAGGAUAUCAAUGGCUAUAUGACCAAGGGAGCGGAAUCACGCAAACUAUGGUCGGCCAAGGAGGUAGUCUCGGAUUUCCAGAAGCUACCCACAGCUGGGCGGCACGACAGGAAUGUCAGGAUUCCGUUCAAACGAUGGGAAAAAACCAGUCCUUAUUGGCCAAUUGCCAGUCGAGGAUGCCCGCCCGACAGUCCAGCCCGCCAGGCUCCUUUGAAGGAUUCCUUUAACGAAGUUCCUAAGAUCGAUAUGUCGAAUGCCGAACCGCACUCCUACGCCGGAUAUGUGUCCAACUUUACCCAAUCGAGCGAAAUCUGUCACCAGCCUGAUCUUCAAGGUCUUAAUGGACUGUUGAUCAACCCUAUUUCUGUAUCGUCCACCAAGGUCCUGUUUCCUAUGUUUGGCGGCUCCAAGCUUGCCAUCAACAACGAAAUUCUCCUUCCACCUCCGAUCUACUGGAAGGCAGAAGAGCGAUUUACAGGUGGUGAAGACAACAUUGAAUGGAAGGACAAGGGCAGCACUGUGGUCUGGAGAGGUGUUGCGACUGGAGGAAAGAACAAGGCAGAGAACUGGCGCGGAUUCCAUCGUCAUCGUUUCGUCUCGAUGCUCAACUCUACAAAGCUUACAGCAGCGGAAAAGGGCACUGCGAAGCCAGAGAACUUUGUCCUCCCAUCAGAGGAUUACCAUCUCCAAGCGCAGGCUCAGAACCGACUUGGUGACUGGGUGGGCGAGUGGUCUGACGCUGGCUUUGUUGAUCUCAUGUGCUCGCCUAGCGAAGACGAGGGCAGAUGUUGGUACACAGACCACUACUUCGCCAAGGUCGACGGGAUGGACAUGCACGAGCAGUUCGCCUACAAGUACGUCCCCGAUAUCGACGGGAACUCCUUCUCAGGCCGCUACCUCGGCUUCCUCAACUCGACCUCCCUUCCCAUAAAGGCUACCCUCUUCCGUGAGUGGCACGAUAGCAGACUUGUACCUUGGGUGCACUUCGUUCCCAUGGACAACCGCUUCCAGGACUUUUAUGGCAUCAUGGAAUAUUUCCGCGGCUACGCUGACACUGCCGGCCAUGACAAGGCAGCCGAAAAGAUUGCGAAUGCUGGCAAGGAGUGGGCGAACAAGGUGUUGAGAAAAGAAGAUAUGCAGAUUUACGUCCUGAGACUACUUCUCGAGUAUGGACGAGUCAUUGCGGAUGAUAGAGAUAAAAUGGGCUGGGUAGACGACGCUCUAAAGGACCCUUCCAUCGAAAAGACAUGGGAGAGUUUCAACUUGUGA